CCCGCAGCCCGCCGGCCCCGCCGCGCCCGCCAGCCCCGCCGCGGAGCCCCGGCCUAGCCCCGGGCCGCCGCCACCACGCCGCGCGCCGUACUCCGCGUCAAGAAUGGGGCGGCCAAGCUGCCCAAGCCGCCCGCCGCCGCGGCUGCCGCCGGCGCGGCCGAGGCGCCCGGCGCCGGCGCGGGCAUGGAGCGCUCGCAGAGCCGCCUCAGCCUGUCCGCCUCCUUCGAGGCGCUCGCCAUCUACUUCCCGUGCAUGAACUCCUUCGACGACGAGGACGCGGAAGGGGACAGCCGGAGGCUGAAGGGAGCCAUCCAGAGGAGCACGGAGACCGGCCUGGCAGUGGAGAUGCCCAGCCGGACGCUGCGCCAGGCCAGCCACGAGUCCAUUGAGGACAGCAUGAAUAGCUACGGCUCCGAGGGCAACCUUAACUACGGGGGAGUUUGCCUGGCGUCAGACGCGCAGUUCAGCGACUUCCUCGGCAGCAUGGGGCCGGCGCAGUUUGUGGGCCGCCAGACCCUGGCCACGACGCCCAUGGGGGACGUGGAGAUCGGCUUGCAGGAGCGGAAUGGCCAGCUCGAAGUGGACAUCAUCCAGGCUCGGGGACUAACGGCCAAGCCAGGCUCCAAGACACUGCCAGCGGCCUACAUCAAGGCCUACCUGCUGGAGAACGGCGUCUGCAUUGCCAAGAAGAAGACCAAAGUCGCUCGCAAGUCACUGGACCCGCUGUAUAACCAGGUGCUGCUGUUUCCUGAGAGCCCCCAGGGCAAAGUCCUGCAGGUGAUCGUGUGGGGGAACUAUGGGCGGAUGGAGCGGAAGCAGUUCAUGGGUGUGGCCCGUGUGCUACUGGAGGAGCUGGACUUGACCACCCUCGCCGUGGGCUGGUACAAGCUCUUCCCCACCUCCUCCAUGGUGGACCCGGCUGCGGGGCCCCUGCUCCGGCAGGCGUCCCAGUUGUCCCUCGAGAGCACCGUGGGGCCCUGUGGUGAGCGAUCUUAGGGCCGGGGUUGGGGGGGCCCCCCGACAAGGCCUGGAGAACGCCCAGCCCCAACCUGGGACCCCAGGCCCAGGGGCACAUUGAACAGAGGAGGAUGGGGUUCUCCCCCACAGUGGGGAAGCAGAAUGGGGAAACCUGCCCCCCAGGGCCCCUCCUCACCCACUCUUUGCCUCCUAUCCCCUGAGACCUUCCCUCUCCCAACGGGAUUGGCUGCACUUUUGACUUGGCCGGUUCUUGCCCUGGUGGAUGUGGCUGCAAUCCGGAGAAAGGAGAGACUGAGGUGGCAGAGCGAACCAUCCUCCUGUCCCAGACACUGUCCGACUGCUCCCCCUUUUCGCCUCCUCGGAAGCUCGCUGCCCGGAGCCAAGUCCAGAACCCAGCGGCCAUCUCCAUGGUGCCAAUUACCAGCAAGUGUCUUUCCUGCGGCACCGGGUUCAGGCAGCUACUCCUGCCCCAAAGCUGAUGGGGCAGCCUUGCAAGGAUCCGGAGCCAGCUCCGGGGGGCCCAGAGCCUCCCGCUUGAUGAGGAGCUUGGCCUCCCUCCUCCUGCCCGUGGAAGGAGCUUUGCCGCAGCCUGUCUGAGUCCAUCUGUCUGUCCCUUCCUGCCUGCCCCUCUUCCGGUGGCUCUAGGAAUUGGGGUCCAGCAGGGACCAAAGGAAAGGAGGCAGUGCCCUGGGCCUGGCACAGACCCCCAGGGUGCCCUGCUCCGUGGGACCGCAGCAAGCUCAUUUGAAAAUGGUGGACUGGAAAGAACUGGAUGGUCUGCGUUUUGGUGAAGGGGCUGCGGGACACUGAUUUUUGAGAACCCCAACUCCAGAGAGCUCACGGCCUCUGAAUUUUGGGGAUGCUGGAUUGGAGAGGGAGUCUGAGUAAAGUCGGAAUUGGGACUGGUGGUGCCAAGGCAAGGGUUUCUCAAAUUAGGAGAAUCCCUCCUCGUUGGAUGAGGUCAAAGGUCUUCUUGUCUACCCCUCUGCCUCCAGGCUAGGGGUCUGGGGAGGCAACAGAGCUUCCCUAUUUUAGUCUUUUUAAACAAACCAUCCUAUACUAAGGGCAGAACCCACUGCCCUGGCCUCAACUACCUUGGCUCAUGAGUGUAAGAAUCAGGAGAUUCCUUCUCAAGCAGGCCUGGGUAGCUGCCUUCCUGGCCCGGCCCUCCCCGAGGCCUACGGAAGCCCUUUUGCAUGCUGGGAGGACACAGGCUGGCCCCUCUUUAUAGAAGCACAUUUCUGCCACCUCCCCCUGGGAGGCACCCAGCAGCCCACCACCCCUCAUUACCCAGUCCCUGCUGUGUAGGGCAUAGUCCAAGUUAGCUGGGUAGACUUAGUGUUCCAGGCCCCGGGGCCUGUUCUUAGCUUGCAUAUAAUCCUUACAGAGCUCCAGGACAGGGGCGGAGAGGGGGUGGCGGUCUCCCUGCUGGUCUGGGCCUGGGCCUGGGCCUGGAGCCGGGGUCGUGGGAGGCCCUCCGUUCCUCCCCUUCCCUCCCCCCCCACCCCCAGGGUUGUAGCUGGAGCUGCCCCUUCUACUCAGACGUUCUGAUGUAUUAUCCUUGAUACAGGUUUUAUUUGUGAAGCACUCCUGAGGGUUGUGGGCCUCGGUGGAGAGGUCUGGGCUCUGUGGGACAGACGAGGCCGUCUUCCACCUGGAGGCCCAGCUGUGUUCAGUCCCGCCUUCUCCUCGGCCUCACUCUAGGCUGUGGACCAGGCGAUUCCUUCCACCCGGAACCCCUUCCCUCCCCAGCCCGCCCUCCCCUCCUCUCUCUGCCUGUUUAAGCCCUGGGGAGCCUUUAACGUUCUAGAAGAGUUAUCUUGCCUCCAUGGAGCUUCCCAUGCUGCACGGGGAAGGGGAGUCGGAGAUGCCCCUUUCUUUUCUCGAUGAGCUCUCCCGAGCUUCCUGGGAUUGUGCUGAGUGGAAUCCCAAGGCUGGGGCAGGAGGCCGCCAGGGCCCUGGAGGGCCUCCCAUCUGAGGCCCCAAAUCAGCCCCUCCCCUGUUUGUUUUUUUUUAACCAGUGUGAUUUCUCCGCUGUUCGUUUAUUACUCACCAUUUGGAAUAUUUUGAGCCAGGAGAGCGCCUUCUCUCUCUAGCCGUCACUGCUCGGGUUGUUCAGGGGUAGCUUUUCAAAGACGGGGCAGAGCCUGGCUGUCCCACACAGAGGGCGAGAGGACUCGGUGCCCCCCCACCUCCCACCCGGCCAGAGCCUACCCUCCAGGGUCCGCACAGCCUUUAUAAAGAGAGAACGCGCUCCAAAGCAAUAACAACAUCUGGGGGUGGUCACCGAGGGCCCCCCUCACUGACUUUCUUGUUUGUUCUGUGAAAUCUCAGUUCACCUUCGGGUGGGGUGGGGUGGGGCUGGAGCCCUGUUUCUUUGUCUAAUUGUUGUGAGCACGUGCCCUGCUUCCAAGGGGCUCUGACCAUUUAGUGCGGGAACCACUGUCUGUCCUCACCAAGAGAUGGGGUUUUGGGGGAGGGGGUGACGGUUCUCAAUGUUAGCUUGUCCCCACUGCUGCCUGACCCUCGGCGCACUCACACUCCUCCUGGAGAGGCGCAGAGACGGGGCACCGUAGCGGUUUGGGAGCCGCGUGCUAGGGGCUGAUUCUUUUCUCAAUCACUGGGCCAAAAGUCACACGCAAGGGUACUGUGGGAGGAAGUCUCCAUUUCCCUUUGCCAGAAUCCGCUUUUCAUACAGAUGGGAAAGGGCCUUUGGGACCAUUGGUGAAGUCCAUUUUACAGAGGAGGACUGAGGCCAGGCAAGGCCUGCCUCUGGGAUCACCUGGGAAUGCAGUGGCGCCCCCUAGCCUGGGUCUUCUCCAACCCCAGGCUGAGCUGCAGCCAGAGUGGGACCCAGUGAGGCCGCCGUUUCACACAACACUUUCUCCUCCCUUCUCUCUGUAGAACCUCUCAGUGGCCCAGAAAAGAUGGGCACCCUGUAGCCCCUCUGAGAGGUGAGGCAAUUAAAGCCUGGAAUCAGGAAGUGAGUUGCCCAAGACCCUUCAACAAAUGAUCCAUGGGGACAGAACAGGGGCUCUGUCCUGCUUCGCUCCUUCCUGGGACCUGAAGCCACUGACCAGGCAGGUCUGCCUUGAUAAGUAUUUGGGGCCUUUAAGCCCUGGGCCACCCAGCCCUGCCUGGUUCCAUCUCCGAGGGCCCGGGUUUGGGGGAGAGAGUUGCCAUAGAGACUUAGCUCUCCUGAGGUCUGGUCCAGCUGACUUCGGGUACACGGGAUCUGGUCUAAGCCUCGGAGUCUGUCUGAGCAGAGGCUCCCGCUGCAGGAGGGGCCAUAGCCCCAUAGGACCAACCUGAGGGAUGUGAGAAGCACCACUUCCUGCCUGGGGCUGGGUGGGAGCGAGGAGGCCGUGGUACACCGAAUCUGAAGCCUCCCGACGCCUUCAGAUAUAACGAUAUCUGACCUUCCUGUUGUGCUUCUCAGACUUUUGCUUUCAAAGUGCAUUGACGUCAAGCACACGCUCCCAAGAGCCCCUGGGCAGUGAAGGGGGCCAGUAUUCUCAGCCCACCUUAGCGAGGAGGGAGCUGAGGCCCCGGGGAGGGAAGGCAUCAGCUAAGGUCCCACUGUGGGGCCAUGGCUGCGUCGGGACUAGAACUCAGUUCUCCAGCACUGGAGAACUGUAGGAGGUGAGGCAGAUCGUGUAGGGGGUGGUUACACACUUUACAAGCUGAUUCACCAUCCAGUUCCUUAAACCAGGAGCUGCUGGGCACCCUUCAGUGUUGAGAGGCGGCGCUGAGCAACCCCCCCCCCCCUUUGGAGCACAGCUGUUGCGUCAGGCAAGGCCACCUGCAUUUAUUUAUUGAGCAGCAGCGCUGUGCCGGGCCCAGGGGACCAUGCCCCCUCCCGCUCCCCAGUAACGAUCCCCUUGGCUCUCUGGGAGGGCCCCCUGUCUGUAUAGCAGCACUUCAGAGUGGACGGAAAGCCGCCACGUCUGACUCACACGCCCUGUGGGGGAGGCGGACUGUGCCCACCGCACUCCCAGCGAUGAGGAGUGGCACUUUGUGAGGGCAAAGUGGAGACUUGAACCUGGGGCCUCAGGCAGCACAUCUUGAACCCUUUCACUCCACGGCUGCCUCCUAAGAGGGUGGCAGGGAGGCCGGACCCCGGGGUCCUCAGGCUGGGGGCCUUUCCAUCCGCCCGCUUUUCCCUCACUCCCUCUCCGGGAGCAGGAGCUGCUCGGGAUUUUGGGGAGGGAGGGUUUCCGGGGCCCCUGGGCGGGUGCGGCUCACGUUGCAUUGUGUUUAUGACCAUGUAGCUCAUGUUGAAAAUUAAAGUUUUUGGCUUUUCUAA